AUGCAACCCCCAAAUGAGCCGCCUUUAUUGUUUUCUUCUACGGAAUUUUCAGGUGCAGAAGGGAAACCUAUCUCUACGGUGCGUCCCGUUUCCGUUGCUAUUGAGGCUCACAAUGUAGUUAAUGCAAAAACUUACAAGUUAUCAACUGAGGCAGAGCCUUUCAUUCCUUCCUUUAUGCGAAGUCCAGGCAUCCCCUCAAACCCUUUGAAAAUGCAUGAUAAAGGACACAAUGAUAAUACGUCACCCAUACCAAUAGAUAGUGAGUGCGUGGGCAGUUACCCUAUUACACCGCCUUUGAGUUCGCAAGAAGAUUCAAUAUUUCAACCUUGCACAACUGCAAUAAACAGACUACAGAAUAAAACUAAAAAAUGGAAUUAUACUAAGCCACACAAUCGUGCUCAUUGCGCCAAUGAUCGAGUUCGUAAAGAUCACUUUGAUUUAUGGGCUAGUCAGCUUGUAAACAUGACUGAGGAUGAGGUUCACAUGCUGAUGGAUUGUCUACCAGAGGAUAUACAACAUUUGUACUAUCAUCACCUUUCUCAGAUUGCUGAUAUAAAACAGCCGGGAUGUACUUCUUCUUCCAAAGACCAACAACCCGUAGCAUCUCAGGUCUGUGCAUCGUCAUCUCCGGCGGUUUCUGCCGCUUUCGCAACCUUCAACGAUAUUGGUGAGGAACGACUACAGUAUAUUGAACAGUUACUUUGUCUAGAAUCACUAAAUGAUUACGGAGGUGGUGGAGUUGUCCAGGAAGAAUCCUUGUUUGUAAACCCAGACGAAGGCCUGAACUCAGAGGAGGAGGAGUGGCUGCUGGAGCAGAUGAUGAGCGUGGAUUCAACUCCAGCUGAGUUUGUUUUAUUGGAGCCGGAUCGAGAUCACAAUGGGAAGGGGCAACGAACGCCACCCAAGAACGUCAAUGGUAAAUCUGGUGGCGGUAACAAAGGCAAGUAUGGAAGGCGUAGAGGUGGCCGUUAG